GCGCACUAAGUUAAUCAGCUGUUAAAGGCUUGUAUGGGCGUUUGGGUAACCAGUAUACAUUUAAUCUUGUUUUCGCCACAAUAUGGUAAUAAAGUCAGUGAUGAGAUAAAAAUUUGUUAAUCAAUAUUUGGACAAAUCGCAGCAUAGGACGCGGAAAUAAGUAGAUGGUAGAUACGCGUCGGACGCUGAAUAGCCACUUCCAUAAUUUUUUACCAAUUUGAAAUUUGUAUUAAAUAAUAUGAAUUAAAAAAAAACAUUGACUUUAUAUAUUUUAAAUAGUAGUUGCUACAUUAAUAACUGUGUUAAACUUCUUAAGAAUAUUUUAAUUUUUGAUUAAACUUCAUAAAAUCCCCUUAAAAUGUUUGGAAUGACAUCAGUUAUUAGUGAUGCACCUCCAACAGAUAUUGACAUACAAUUAACAAAAUCAUUAGAUGAAGCUCUGUCAAAAGAAAAAGUUAUUACUACUAAUGACGAUUUAUCUCAAAGGCUAGAAGUUUUAUCUGUGUUAAAUAAUUUGGCUAAAGAAUGGAUACUUGAAGUAAGUAUGGAAAGAAAUUUACUAGAAAUUACUGCUGACAAUGUUGGAGGAUUAGUGUGCACGUUUGGGUCAUAUCACCUUGGAGUUUACCAUAAAGGUACUGAUAUUGAUGCCAUCAUUAUUGUUCCUAGACAUAUAACCAGAGCAGAUUAUUUUUCGACGUUUUAUAAUAAAUUGAAAGAAAACCCUACUAUAAACUAUGUGCGAGCAGUUGAAGAAGCUUUUGUUCCUGUAAUUAAAAUGAUAAUACAAGGAAUUGAAAUUGAUAUGUUGUUUGCACGCCUCGCUUUAAAAGAAGUACACGAAGAUACUGAUUUGCAACAAGAUGAUUUACUGAGAAAUUUGAAUCCUAAAUGUGUACGAAGUUUAAAUGGUUAUCGAGUCACAGAUUCAAUUUUACGAUUAGUUCCAAAUCGAGAAUCAUUCAAGAAAACAUUAAUUGCCAUCAAAUUGUGGGCUAAACGCAAAAGAGUUUAUUCAAACGCUUUAGGAUACCUUGGUGGUGUUUCGUGGGCAAUGUUAGUAGCAAGAAUAUGUCAAUUGUAUCCCAAUGCAGUACCUGCCACCUUGAUACACAAAUUCUUUUUAAUAUUUUCUAAAUGGCAAUGGCCUCAACCAGUUUUGUUAAAACCAUCGUAUUAUUUGGAUCUUGGAUAUCCAGUUUGGGACCCCAGAGUAAACAUGUUAGAUCGAACUCACGUUAUGCCUAUUAUAACUCCAGUUUACCCUCAACAAAAUUCAACUUUUAAUGUUUCUAAUUCUACAUUAAAAAUUAUUCAAGAGGAAUUUAAAACUAGUUUAGACAUAAUGGGAGAAAUUUUAACUGGAGAAUCUAGUUGGUCAAAACUUUUUCAACCAUCAAAGUUUUUCACAAAGUAUAAAUAUUUCUUAAGUAUAACUGUAUUUGCAAACUGUGAUGAAGAUUUAUUUGAAUGGAGAGGUUUAGUCGAAUCGAAACUUCGUUUCUUAACCUCUUCUUUAGAAGAAAUUACUUGUGUCAGAAGAUCUCAUUUAAAUCCUGAUCAAUUUUUACUACCUGCUGAAAUUUCACAAGGCAGGCCGUCGUCAGUUUGGUUUAUUGGCCUUGAAAUAGCAAAAUCUAAUGGCAAGAUCAUACAUUUAGACUGUAGCACACAUAUACGAGACUUUUGCAUUUUAUUAAAAGCUAGAGCUCAUUCUAUUUUUAGACAAGGAAUGGAUAUUCAAGUUAAUCAUUUAAAACGAAAAGAUUUAAAAGUGUAUGUACCUUGUGAAUUGAAAAAUGAAAAGGCAAUUCCAAAAAAUGUUGGAAGUAAAAUUAUUGCUUGGUUAUUGACUGAAGGUAAAAAUUCCAUAUCGGAAUCUGAAGAACUGCAAAAGAGGCCUAACUCUAGAAAACGUAGCGCUAAAAAUGAAAUUGAUACCAAUAAAAGGAAAACUUCAUUGUCAGAUAAAAAACAGGAUAUAAUUUUAAGACUUUUAGAAUCUCAAAAAAGUCAAACAUCUGAAAACAAAAUAAAUGAUAACCAAACAAAAAGUCAGGCAUCAACUGAAGAAGAAAAUUGUUCAAUAACAAAUGAAAAUAAAAGUAGUGAAAAAAAAUCUUUAUUAUCAACUACAUCUAGUCAUUCCAAAACAGAAUCUGAAGAUUCUCUGAAUAGUCCAUUAUCAAAUAAAUACUGGAUUGAAGGUGGAAAUAAUAACAAAGAAUUAAGGUUUCUAAAUCCUCUAGUUCCCUAAUCAACCUUGUAUUUAUAUGACAAAAAUCUUCAAAUAAUAAGAAAAAUGUAUGUAUAAUAUAUAUAUAUAAAUAUGUGUAUAUACCCC